UGCCAACAACACUCACUUGCAUUCCAAAAAAGGUUUCUUGCAUACACGUAUUUAGAACACCAGAACUUAAUCCAUGGCGAAAUGUUGGCUGCUGCUGCUCUUCUUGGUGUUCCUCUUGCUGGCCAUGAGCGCGACGUCGUGCCACCUGGAUGACCUCCGCGCGCUGCGGGGCUUUGUCGGGAACCUCAAUGGCGGGGGUGCCCUUCUCCGUGGAACAUGGUCUGGCUCCUCAUGCUGCGAUUGGGAAGGUGUGGGCUGCGAUGGUACAAGCGGCCGCGUCACGGCGUUGCGGCUUCCGAUUAGCCUCGAGGACUGCGGUAAGCUCAAGUCGCUCAACCUUGCCAACGAAAGAUUGGUUGGCACCAUCCCGUCGUGGAUUGGUGAGCUUGACCACCAUUGCUACUUGGUUCUCUCGGAUAAUUCAUUGGUUGGUAAGGCACCCAAUAGUUUGCAGAUAAGACUCAAGGGCCUCGCCACCGCUGGUCGUUCACUAGGUAUGGCUUUCGCUAACAUGCCAUUGCAUGUGAAGGGGAACCGAAGAACCCUCGACGAACAAACAAAUACAAUACAUGGGACCAACAACACUGUUAGAUCUGGGAACGACAAUGCUGUUUCUGGGAACGACAACACUGUCAUAUGUGGGAACAACAACACUGUGUCUGGGAGCAACAACACCAUUGCAUCUGGCAGUGACAAUAUCGUAACUGGCAGCAACCAUAUUGUAUGUGGGACCAAACAUAUCAUAACUGAUAACAACAAUGACGUAUCCGGCAAUGAUAAUAAUGUAUCUGGGAGCUUCCAUACUGUAUCCGGGAGCCACAAUACUGUAUCUGGGAGUAACAACACUGUAUCUGGAAGCAACCAUGUCGUAUCUGGAAGCAACAAAGUCGUGACAGGAGAUGAAUGAUUUGUCAGGGGAUUGCUUCCAUCUUUCCUAAAGGAGCUCUCACCCUAGUCCAAGUUCGGUGCAGCUCACAAUCACUUGGUAGGGACAAUCGAGUUAUGUAACUUCAUGGAUAUAGCAUCAUUCUCCCUGUUUAAAUAUACUUUCCUGAAAAUAUCUUACAUAAAUGCUGAUAUGAAUAUCAAAGGAGGCUUUCAUGCA